AUGCGCCCCGAGAUUCUCUCAGUCCUCGCGGCCUUCGCCAUCGGAGGCUUCGAGCUGGCGACUGCGGAGCACGUUGACCGUCCUCGCUUCUACUUCCCUCGUGAGGUCAAACGCCAUGUCAAGAACAACACAAACAAGGCUACAACGAGUAGCGAGAACCCCUGGCUCGCUUUCUGGAGCAGCAUGGAGAAUGGUGUAGGUACUACUACUGCUCCGGCAGCGACGGCAACCGCAAAGGAGGUUGUAGUGGUUCUGUCGCAGGAUGCUUCAGGCCACCUCCACACGUUGACCACCUCCACUCAGCUGGCUCAGGCAACUGCGGCCACAACCUACACCACCACGACGACUGAAUCCGAUAAGAAGACAGCCAACUCGAACUCGGAGACUUCCAACACCGCGGCGUCAACGACUGCCUCGGCCUCGGCCUCCACUUCGACCUCUUCGUCCGCGAGUAGCAACCUUGUCGCUGAGAUUGCCUCCGACCUGCUUGGCCUUGGGAGUUCCUCGACUGCUACCGGUAGUUCUACUGGAAAGAGCAGCUCCGCUACUAGCUCUGCCUCCGCCUCCACCUCCGACAGUGGUUUCCUUGGACUCGGCAUUGGAGUCGACUCGACUACUACUGGUAGCAGCACUGCGGCUACCGGAACUGGCUCCUCUACCAUUCCGGUCAGCGUUGCUGUGUCUCCCACUGCCAGCCCAAGCACCAGCGCAUCGGAUCCUCUUGCUUCUCUCGUCAGCGGUGCUGCUUCUGCUCUUGGCCUCAACGGUACCAGCGAGGCCACUUCCUCUGGCAGCAUUGGUCUCAUUCCGACCCCGGCUGCCUCUGGCAUUAGCUCCGUCCCUCAUGUGUCGAUUCCUCUUACCGGUACUUGGACUGGCACUCCUACUGGAACCAACACUAUUGGAACCAUUCCUACCCCUCACCAGCCUGGAUCGGACUCGACCGGCACUCCCAGCGGCUCUGGAGUGAUCCCUACCCCCACUGGUAACACUCACGAGACAUCCAAGCCUGCUACCCCGACGCCAACCCCUCACACCUCUGAGUCCACGACAAGCACUCGCGUUGAGCCCGUUCCUGUUCCCUCUUCUACCGAGACCCCCACCUCGUCCAGCUCCUCGAACACCAACAACUGGAUGCCGUCCAGCAUCCUCGUCCUGCCGACUAGCACCCAAUCUGAGAGCGUCAGCACUGCUACCAACACCGCCAGCAGCAGCACCGAGUCUAGCUCGCUCCCUGGUUCCAUCACCCCCUCGAACAGUGUUACGGAGGCUCCCGCCGAUUCGGUUCUGCUCCAGCUUGGUUUCGAUGGCCAUCUUCCCUGGGCCUUCGUGGCUACUACUCCUUUGUCUUCAUCCCAGAUCUUCGAGUACGUGCCUGAGGCUAUCAAGAGUGCCAUGCCCAAGUCUUCUGUGACCAUGUGGGCUCUCGAGCCAUACUAUUCGUGGCAGACCACCGGAUACAACGCAACCCUGGCCAUCUUCUAUUUCCCUAGAGAUAAGGUUCAGACCCUGAAGAAUCUCAAGCUCAACCCCAACUCCGCCCUUUACCAGCAGUCGGAUGAGUCUGCCAAGACUCUUAUGUCCAUGGUUGACCCGUCUAUUCCUCUGGAGUUCUCCGGCAACUGGCCAUCUGAUGACAGUUCUUCAUCUUCUAGCGGCAGCAGCAGCGGCAGCGGUGAGAGCGGUAGCAACGGCAGCGAUGGCGGUGACAACAGCUCUGACGGCUCCAACAUCAGCUCCAAGACCAAGGCCAGCUCCAUUGGCAUUGGUGUUGGUGUCUGUGCUGGUGCUGCCGCCUACGGUGCUGGUAUGUUCUGGAUCGCCCGUCGCUACCGCAAGAGGAAGCAGCUUCACCAGCGCUCUAGCUCCAAUGCUGAGCAAAUGGGCCAGGCUGCUGCCGCUGGCUCCAUCUUUGGUGGCAGCCAGCGCAGUGCCCGUUCCCAGAUGAUCAGUGCUCCGGUGAUGGCUGAGAACUCUCUGGGCUGGAACUAG